AUGAUCAAAUAAGUGCAAAGACUUUAAGGUGCUAGAAUUUCAAGGUAAAUUCAAUCUCUUUGCAUCCUUCUUUAGUAUAGUGAACCUCCCAGAUCAUAUUUUGAGAAUACCUCAAAGGAAGAGCUUGUUUUAGAACAUGUUCUUGAAUAUAAAAGAUAAUUUAAAGUUAUCUAUGAUCCAAAUAGAAAACUCAUUCUAGCCCCUAAAAACGAAUCAGGAAUUCGUAAAUUCAUUUGCACCACUCUAAGACCUACUAAGCUUCCAUAUACUGAGUUGUAUGAAUGGGAUAAAUGCUCAAAAUUUGUAUCUGAUUUCAUUGAAUACGAGGAACUUCAAUUCCCAAAUAAAUUGCCAAAGAUUAUACCUUCACCUGCUAAUGUGCUAUAAUGGUAGGCUGGAGAUUCCUUCGAUAUGGCUAUAGUUCUCUGUUCAUUAUUAAUUGGUUGUGGGUAUGAUGCAUACUGUGUUUAUGGCACUGCUCCUAAGGAGAUUACAACAAAAGAUGAGGCUUUAAUGGAAUGUCCAUUCCCUAUUGAAAUGCCAGACAAUGAAGAUGGAGAAGAUCCAGAGGUAGAUAAAGAUGAGGAGCAAAUGAGCGAAAAGAAACCAUCUCUAAUAACUCCAAUUGAAGAUUUCUAAGUUACAAAGAAAGGACCUCAUAUGAGUGAAUUUGAUGAGGAAAUGAGAAAGAAUAGAGAAAAAGACGAGGAAGAAGCUCGCAUCAAAGCCGUUACCAUUGAUGAUGAUGCUCCAGAUUAUGAAAAAGAAGAUGAAUAUGGAAGGUCUAGACUUCAUUGUUGGGUUUUAAUGCAAAAAGGAAACAGAGAACUCUCAGAAACCUUUUUCAUUGAACCAACAACUGGAAGAAAAUACUCUGUUUAAGAUGCUCCAUACUAUUCAGUUGAAUCUAUCUUUAAUCACAAAAACUUUUGGAUUAACCUUGAUCCCUCAAGAGGCCUCGAUGAAAUAAACUUUGACUUCUAAGAUGAUUAAACUGGAGAAUGGGAAUAUGUAAUGAUUCAGUAAGGAGAUAAGAAAAAGGGAGAUCAUGAUGAUGAAGGUAAUGAAAACGGAGAUGACGAUGAAGAGGAGGAAGAAGAUGCUCUUGGAAAGGAUGAAGAUGUCUUAGAUAUGCCUCCUUCAUGGUCGCCAAAGUUAUUUGUGAACAGAGAUAAAUUCCUUGAUCUUUGCCCUAAUGGUGAGAAGACAGUAUUUUAUAAGAAGGUAAAGGUAGAUUUUUACGCAGAGUGCUCUUAAGUUGAUGGACUUGUCAAGAGAAUCACUAUCUAUGAGGAUUACAAGCGACUCAUCACCAAAGAAAUUCGUUCCUACUACAAAAAUAGAAGGGACAAGUUGACUUUACGAAGAAGAUUCCCAUAUUAUUUCAAACUAAUAGAGCAUUAUGAAAGCAGUGAGAGAUCUCAUUACUGGAAAAAGCUUAUUCAGAUCGAUGGCAGAGUUAGAAAGAUUUACUUCUACCAUCAUCGUAACAAGGAUGGUUUAAUUUACAGAGAGGAGUAAAUUGGAAGAAAGACUUUUGAGAGAUACAAGGGAAGAGAGGAUAGACUAAUCUAUAGAUCAGUAACAUUCAACCCAAAUAAGAUAAAGCAAAAGAAAGAUUUGACCAUUUAGGAUAAUCAUUGUAACAUACAAAGCACUACUGGGUAAAAUCCAGGGUCUAAUUCAACUUAAUCCAAGGGAGAGAGUGUCAUUCUUAAGAUGGCUUAGAAGUUUGCUAUGGAUCCAGAAUUAUCAGCUGAAUCACAAAUUAGAAGGACUGAAUUCAAUCUUGAAAAAGGCAAAGUAUUUCUCUUCUAUCAUUUCCGAGAUGGAAAGAUUACAUCUAACUCUGAGCAGUUUGAAAGAGACGCUCUGAUUGGUGAAGCCAAGUUAGGAGAUAUGAAUGAGAAAGAUACAGAAGAAAAUAAGCAACAACAAAUAAACAAGAAAAUAUUGGAGAUGGAGAGAAGAUGUCAUGAAUAAAUCAAGGAAUAUGAAAAGAAUGCAUAAUCUGAAUCAACAUGGAGAUCAGAAGGAGAAAAAACAAUUCAACAAUAAAGAUCUUAGCCCAACCAAGAUGACAUCUUUACAAAAGUACUUGAAAAGUCUAUCUAUGAUAAAGCUAGAGACAAGAUGAAGCAAGGUAAAAAGAAGGAUGAGGAAGAGAAUGAAAAGGAACAAGAGAAAGAUUAUCUUCUGCCUAUACUUAAGAAACUCAGCUUAGAGAACUCCGAAUUAGAUGAAGAGGCAGCUAUUAAUGUCAAGAAUGAAGCACUUAGAAACUUAAAAGAAAGACUUCUCACUAGAGCUGAGAUUAUAUAGAGAAGAUUAGAAGAAGAGCAGAAGAACUUAGAGACAGCAUAUGCUAACCUCAAGCGUAAAGGUGAUAAUAUAACUGCGGAGGAUGAGGCUAAGUACGAGAAAGAAGUAAGCAAGGCUAACUUUAGAAUUGAAAUCCUUACUGAGCGUGCCAGUCAGCAUUAUAGAAACUCUCUCAAGAAAUUCGAGGAGUUGGAUCAGAAACUUAUGGAGGAUCCAAGACUUAAAGUACUUAAAAAGAAGGGAAAUUGA